AUGAAGGAGAGAAAGCAGAAGAAACAGAUUGUUGCCUUGACUGCCCUGACUGGUGAUGUGCUGGUGGAACCAAAAGCAAUAGAGACUGAGAUCAUAAAUUUCUAUAAAUCUCUAAUGGGAAGAUCAGCAACUCAUACCACAGCAGUAAAUAAACUCACCAUGAGGAAUGGACCAAUAUUAAGCCAUGAUCAACAGAUUGCCUUAUGUACUGCUGUGACAGACAAGGAGAUUUUUGAUGGUUUAUGUUCUAUUGGUAAUGAUAAAGCACCAGGUGUAGAUGGUUUUAAUGAUCUAUUUUUUAAGAAAGCUUGGCCUGCCAUCAACCAAGAUGUAUGUGUAGUAGUUAGAGAAUUCUUUGAUACUGGAAAGCUGUUAAAGCAAUUAACUGCACUGCAGAAGGUGUCUGACAAUAUUAUCCUUGCGCAUGAGUUAGUUAAAGCUUAUAGCAGGAAAAAUAUUUCACCUAGGUGCCUGAUCAAGGUAGAUAUUCAGAAAGCAUAUGAUACACUUGAUUGGAAAUACCUUGAACAAGUGAUGGAAGGUUUGGGGUUUCCUUACAAAUUUGUCAGAUGGGUUCUUGAAUGUGUGUCCACUGUUUCUUAUUCUUUACUGAUUAAUGGAGAACUUACUACACCCUUUAAUGCUGCUAGAGGAUUGAGACAAGGGGAUCCCAUGUCCCCCUUUCUCUUUGCUAUAGUAAUGGAGUACCUGAGUAGAAAUUUGAAGGAUCUGAGCAAAAAUAAACGCUUUAAAUUUCACCGUAAGUGUCAAAGGCUAGACAUUACACACCUCAGUUUUGCAGAUGACCUGCUUUUGUUUGCUAGAGGUAACCUUACAUCAGUGGCCUUGCUUCAUGAGAAAUUCACUGUAUUCACUGCUGCUGGCCUUCAGGCAAACCUCCCAAAAAGUGCAAUUUAUUAUGGUGGUGUCGACCAACAGGAAAAGAGCCUGAUACAAACUGCAUUGGGAUACAGUCAAGGUGCCAUUCCAUUCAAAUACCUUGGUAUUCCUCUAGAUACUAACAAGUUGAUUAUUUUACAAUGGCAGCACCUGAUUGAUACUAUAGUGGCCAAGAUAGCUUCAUGGACAGCAAAAAAAUUGUCAUAUGCAGGCCGAAUCCAACUGGUACAAACUGUUCUUUGGAGUACAAGCAUAUUGGGCUCAAAUGUUUGUCAUCCCAGCAAAGGAGGAUACAAUCUCAUCAAUCUUAAAAUUUGGAACAAGGCUGCAGUGUUCAAAAUGUGCUGGGAUUUAUCUAACAAGCAAGAUAAACUAUGGAUCAAGUGGAUCCAUAGUUACUACAUUAAAGAUCAGAGUAUGGAGGAGUUGAGGGUGCCCCAACAGGCAAGCAGGAUGGUAAGAAAGAUAUUUAGUGCUAAAGCUCUCUUACCUCUUAUUCAAUUGUCAACUGGUGGCAAGAGAAGUGUCAUCGGUUUGGAUGAGACUGAUGCAAUGGUUGAAAAUGUCGAAUGUGACAUCACAGUCAUGGGAUAUAAUGCACCAGUGGAUACUCCUGAAAACAAAGGGCAAGACUCAAAUGGCAAAAAUCCUCAAAAUGGUGCAGCUUUUAGGAUUGCUGUGUUGACAAUGUAUAGAGAUAGUAGUAUAUGGAGGAGAAAGCUGGCUGUGUUGGCUGGCUUCAGUUUUGUACUUAUUCCCUUCUGGUGA